GGCAGUACCGGUGUGUGAAAGAAAAAAAUAACCGAAGUCAUGUUGAACCAAAGUAUCCGUGUUUUUCUUGCAAAAAAUCUAAACAUUGACGGUUAUCAGGCUUAUGUCGCACUUCAUGAUUGUAUUGUAACCGAAGCGCACGAGUAUAUGGCAUUCAAACGUGAAACUGUACAAAUUGGGAGUUCGGUAUAUCAAGGUUUCGAGCUCAAAGCAAGAUCUUUGCGGGAUGUAAAUGGCGCACUGUUUUACUACUGUCCCUGCCGUUGUGGUUUCGUAUAUGAUGCGAAUCUGGUACCAUACCGCCCAGUCGCUGUGGAAUACAUACCACAACCGGGGCUAGUGGAGCCGCAAGAUUUUGAAUUGAAACAAUAUUUCUUAGACAUACAACGGCAACAACGUGGACACCAACCCCAACUGCUACAACAACUGAUCGAGAACCCACACCAAUAUAUGUUGCAAUAUCAAAAUUAUAUGAACCAACAUUACAAUAGAUUUCUGCAUCUGACGGCACCGCAGGCACCCGGACGACCAAGUCAUCAUGCCAUUAUCACUCCAGUAGAGAACCCACGAGUGGUAGAACCCCUCCAAAACUUAGAGGUACACAAUCAUCAACAACGUGCUGCUGCUGAAGAAGAAGUAAAUGUGGAAAGAGCAGGAGAUGAGUUGGAAGAACAAGCGCGUAUUGUAGUUGAUGAUGAACAAGAGGUGGAGGUGGAGGUAGAGGUAGAAGAAAAAGAGCAAAUUGUGGCUGAUAUUGAUGAAGGAGAGGAGAAUCAGGAAGAACAGCGGGAAGGUGUUGCCGAUGCACGAGAAGAGGAAGAGAAGGAGGAGGAAUUUGAAUAUCAAGAGGAGGAAUUUGAAUAUGAAGAGAAUGAGGAGGACGAUGAAGAGGAACGAGACGUGGAAGAACAAGAGCAUAUUGUGGUUGAUAAUGAUGAAGAAGAGGAGAAGAAGGAAGAACAGCCGGGUGUUGUUGCUGAUGCCGAAGAAGAUGAGGAGGAGGAGGACGAAUUUGAACAUGAAGAGAAUGAGGAAGACGAUGGAGAGGAAGAAGAACGAGAUGAAGAAGAGGGAGAAGAAGAACAGAGAAAUGUGUUGGCACCAGCAUUAGAAGAACAGCAACGCGCUGCUGCAAAUGAAGAAGACGAAGAGGUAGCAGAAGAUCAAGAGCUAGAAGCAGAUGAAGUGCUGGAAGCAGAACCAGACGGAGAAGAAGCGCAGCAGCAUAAUGCUGGUGCUAACGAAGAAGAAGAACAAGAAGGUAUGGAGAUUUCUGAUGCUGAAGAAGAAGAAGAAGAGUUAGAAGGUCAAAUGGAGAUUUCCGAUGAUGACGAAGAAGAGUAUGGAUAUUUGUUGCCACAACCAUUAGAAGAACAGCAACCAUAUUUUGUUGAUGAAGGGGAAUAUGAUGAAGAAGAAGAGGAAGAUGAUGAUGAUGAAGAGAUAGAAGAAGAAGAGCUGCAAAAUAUGGUACAAGAGCAUAUGUUACAAGCGAAACCAAUACAAUGUUACGCAAUUUCUUCGACAAGUUCGGAUGACUCAGAAGAGGAUGCGAUAUAUAUGGACGACGUUUUUCCACCAGCCGUCAAUGAAUGGGACGUUAUUCAAAGCCAGAAAAUAAGUAGUACAGCCAAAGUGGAAGGUGACAUGGAUGAUGAUGAAAAUGACUGGAGCACAGACAGCGCCGAUGAAGAUUACUACUGAUCACUAUUAUACACUGUUGAUCAACAUAUAAGGAAACAGUGGGCGUUAAGCUGCAGGGUUAUCAAUUAAUGUGGCACUGGCUUUAUCCUUAGCCACUGGAUUAGCUUGUAGAAAUUUGUGGCAGGGUUAGCCUCCGAAAAUGGAUUUAAAGUCCUCGAAAAUUGUUGGGUGGCAAAGUGCAAGCCACUCACUCCAUUUCAGCCGAGCACAGAGUAGCGGCAGAAGACUUGGGAAAAGUCUAAUAUUA